AUGCCAGUCAGAACAAUCAUUCGAAAAAUCAUGAAAGGUGGAAGUCCAGAGGUUCUCAAAGCAGGACAUCCUUUUUUGCGAACCAAGGCAGAGGCUGUUUCUUUGAAUGAUAUUAACACCCCAGCAUUUCUAAAGAUUGUCAAGAGCAUGAAUGCCGUGUUUGAUUCGCCAUUGCAUUCAGUACUUGGAUUGGCAGCGGCUCAGAUUAGUCACCCCGUUCAAUUGAUUGCCUACCAAAUUACAGAUACACAGCUGAUUAAAGAAAAGAAUCUGCCUGGCCCAGUUGCACGCACAUUUAUUGUCAACCCAGUCAUGACAAUUCUCGAUAAACUGCCCUCUGCCAAAUGGAAAGCAGAAUACGAGUUUUGUGAAAGUAUUCCCAACUAUUCUGGACUAGUUAGAAGAGCAGAUCAUGUGCAUGUUACAGGGUUUGGAUUAGAUGGAAACAGUAUCACUGUUAAUGCAAAAGGCAUUCUUGCACGUAUUAUUCAGCACGAAAUGGAUCAUAUGGAGGGUAUUCUUUUUAUUGAUAAAAUGGAAAGACAGAGUUUGAGACAUGAUAAUUAUAUUGACCAAUUUGAAAUGUUUAAACGAUAA